AUCAUCUCCGAGCGAGGUUAAAAAAUAAUGAAAAUUCAUUCAAGUCCGUCGAUUAACCGUAAUGGUACACCUGUCGAUAAAUGGAUAGAGUAAAAUAUAUCCAAAAAAAAUCGCGACGAUUUGUUCAACUCCUCGAUUUAUCUGGGAUUUUUUGGCUGCGAUAAUUUCAUGCUUGAGAAAAAUUUCUAAAUGACAUAUUGCAAUAUGGAGUUGAUGGAGCGAGGCGUCAAAGAGGACAGCACAGAAUCUUCGGAUCGUUCGCGCGAUUUAACGGGUUACGCGUCGGACACGAGUGACACGAGUGGUGAUGAGAGAUUGUUACCGCCGGCGAAAGCCGCAAGCUCGAUAAAUCCAGUGUCAAGUGCAUUCUCCAUUGACAGUAUCCUGGGAAGGAAGGAGUGCAGUCGAGGUGAGCAGGAAUCAAGUGUUGCGAACAAUCGGGGUGAUAAUAGUGUCGCGGAGGAUAGGAGUUACUACGUAGGACCGAUCGGGUUGUCUGGGAGUUCGGGGAGUUUCUACGAUCAGCAUACCAAUCCACUCUACAGUCCGGGAUCGGCGCCGUCAGUGCCCGAAGGGCUGCCAGAGUCACCAGGAUACUCGGCUGCCUCCCUAGCCUCGGCGUCCCUCCUCUAUGGGAGUUGGUUCACCCAAUCGAAACCUGGUCAGUUGUUCGGUCUCCAAGCACCAAAACCGAGUGGCAGACGAUCUCGAAAGCCCGGAGUUGACAGAAAACCGCGUCAAGCCUACAGCGCGAAACAGUUGGAAAGGCUUGAAUCUGAAUUCAAGAUGGAUAAAUAUCUGAGUGUGAGCAAACGAAUGGAGCUGUCGAAGACCCUGAGUCUCACCGAAGUACAAAUAAAAACGUGGUUCCAAAAUCGUCGAACAAAGUGGAAGAAGCAGUUAACAUCGCGGUUAAAAAUUGCCCAGAGACAAGGACUCUUUCCCUCGGCCUACUUCUCACCUGCGACAUAUCCUCUAUUGCCUUAUUACGCAGGACCGCUAAUAUUUGGCCCACCCACGGGGGACGAAACAAUGCCUGCGAGCCUCAUGAGUCAAUCGAUUACAGUUUCCGAGGAACAGUGAGAAUAUGCGCAAUGAUGAAUCGUGAAGAUUUAUGUCGCGUCAACCGGUUAUUGACUUCGGUGUUUUAUUCAAUGAUUGAAUAACUGUUUGCGUUAAUAAAGUGUAUGAGUUACUAGGGAAAUCUCCGUAUUACGAUAUUGCUCGCUGUGACAUGAAUGAGAAAAUUCAGU